CGCUUUGCGAACCUCCUCUUUUUUCAUCACCAAUUUACCAGCCGUUACCAAAUGACUCAAAUGAUUCUUGAUCAGCAGAGAAUCCGCGCCGCUAAUGAGAUUCACCCAACUCCAGAUGUCAAGUUUGCUUAUGGAACCGCUGGAUUUCGUAUGCAGGCAGACAAACUGGAUUCGAUUAUGUUCAAAGUCGGUAUUAUUGCUGCUCUUAGAUCACUAAAGCUCAAUGGAGCAACUAUCGGUGUUAUGAUCACAGCUUCUCACAACCCUGAAGAGGAUAAUGGUGUCAAACUUGUUGAUCCUCGCGGUGAAAUGCUUGAGCAGUCGUGGGAAGGUCUUUCCACUGAGUUGGCUAAUGCUAGAGAUGCUGAUAGCAUCCUCAGUGUCAUUGACAGCAUUGUUGCCAAAUAUAACAUCAACGUUGAUAACAAAGCAAACGUCAUCUAUGCCUAUGACACUCGACCAAGCUGCCCAGCUCUUGUUGCUUCGUUGAAAGAUGGUCUGGAUGCUGCUGGUGCCGAUUCCAUCGACUUUGGUUUGAAAACCACCCCUCAGCUUCACUAUUUGGUGAGAUGCAUUAACACCCAAGGUACCAACGAUGCCUAUGGUGAGCCCACUGAAGAAGGUUACUACGUCAAGCUUUCUGAAGCAUUUAAGACUUUGAUGAAGGGAAAGCCUGUCUUGCCCGCCAUCAGCGUUGACUGCGCUAAUGGCGUUGGUGCCCCCAAGUUGAAAGAAUUCCUGAAGUACAUCGACAGCAAUGUUUGGACCGCCAACCUUGUCAAUGACGAUAUCAAGACCCCAGGAAAGCUGAACUAUAACGCUGGUGCGGAUUACGUCAAAACUCAACAGAAAGCUCCCUUGGGUGCUGUUCUCAAUGCUGGUGACCGUUACUGCUCAUUCGAUGGCGAUGCUGAUCGCCUUGUUUACUACUACGCUGAUGAUGCUGGUGUUUUCCAUUUGUUGGACGGUGAUAAGAUCGCUGGCUUGGCUGCCAUGUUCAUUAUGGACUUGGUCAAGACUGCCGGUGUUGACUCAAUCAAUGUUGGUGUUGUCCAGACUGCUUAUGCCAACGGUAGCUCUACAAAGUAUUUGAGCGGAGAACUUAAAGUUCCCGUCUCAUGUGUUUCCACCGGUGUCAAGCACCUUCAUCAUGAAGCUGAGAAAUACGACGUCGGUGUUUACUUCGAAGCCAAUGGCCACGGUACUGUCCUCUUCAGCCCUGAAGCUUUGAACACCAUCAAGACUUCUGAAGGACGUACUCCCGCUCAGAACACUGCCUUGACUCAACUUCAAGCUCUCACCGAACUCAUCAAUCAAACCGUUGGUGAUGCCCUCUCCGAUAUGCUUCUAGUUGAAGUUAUUCUCGCUCAUCGUCAUUGGACCUGCCAAGAAUGGGAUCAAGCUUACACCGACCUUCCCAACCGACUUGUCAAGGUUGUUGUCGCUGAUCGCACCAUUUUCAAGACUACCGAUGCUGAAAGAAAGCUUGUUGAACCCCAGGGCUUGCAACAAGAAAUUGAUACCAUUGUCAGCAAGUAUAGCAACGGAAGAUCAUUCGUUCGUGCUUCUGGUACUGAGGAUGCCGUUCGCGUGUACGCCGAAGCUGCUACUCGCACUGAGACCGACUAUCUCGCCAUGGCUGUUGCACAGUUGGUUUACGACCGUGGUGGUGGUGUUGGUUCUGCUCCAUCCAUCUAAGCUGACACAGCUUGAAAACUACUACUCAGUUACCUGAGAACAAACACAUGCUUAUCUUGCUCUGAAUUUUCCUGUUCUUUACCCUGCGCACAUAACCCAAUCAAAUAAAUAAAAAAGACGAAUAAGGAUAUUCUACACCAACAGCCAUGA